UAGCGACUAGUAAUAUCAUCGCGCAAGUAUGGCGGCGGGCAUGAACGCGCCUCAGAUGGCUCUCGGCAGAGACGGACAGGGUAGCGAUGCGCAAUUGUUCCCCGCUGGUCGCGAAUGGGAAUACGCUUCCUUCUCGAAACUUGGCUCCACCUUGAUGGACGCCGAAGCCCAUUCACCAAUCUUCUUACAAAGGCCGGACAAGUGCUUCAUUGACCGUCUACCAAACGAGCUUCUCUGCGCGAUUUUUCUCAUCUGCGGAGGCCCAAACCCCGCCUCUAUCUAUCCGUGCUAUGAACUCAUGCACGACCGCACCUUUCAAGACUAUGACGGCGACUUCUAUAGCGAGGCCGCGACAGUUCUCGGGAGCGUCUGCGGGCGAUGGCGCGUGAUCACGCGCAAUCACCCAAUCUUAUGGACGAUUGUCGAUGUUGCAUACCCAAGCGGCGAUGCCUUCGCUACCCUGAAGCGCUGCCUGGAGUUCUCCGCUGGCCUUCCUCUCGCGCUUCAAAUAUGCGGCUGGGGUAUUGGACCUGUCGAUGACCGCUUCAUGCGCCUCGUUGCCGCGAACGCCCAUCGCUGGACGGAAAUAUCCAUCAGGCUGUUCAAAGCACUUGAAAGCCUAGAGCCUUUGCUAUCGACACCGCCAGAGUGUUUUUCCUCACUCCAGAGAGCCCACAUUGACAUUGCGCUCUGUUUGACUCAUGGAUCAAGCACAGACAUGUCGCUGUGGCGCUUGUUCAUGCGCUCGCCUCAUCUACGCGUGGUUGACUGGACACGUGCAGCAUACAUCCGAGCGGGAAUAUCCCUCGCACCCCUGCACCAACUUACGCAUGUAGGGCUUCACGAUGCAAAGCCAGACAUGGUCCCGCCCAUUCUCAGCAUGUGCGUCAAUCUCGAAGUCCUCGUUAUCAGUAUUUUCGUCGACCAAUUCGCUGCCGAUCCUUUUCACGAUCAUCCAUCAUACCACCUACCCCAUUUGCGGGACUUGUUGCUGUGUGGGUCAUACGACUGGUCCAUCUUACUUUCUUGUGUCAUUGCUCCUGCGCUCCAACGUCUUGAGAUGUCGAAGACGAAGAUCUACCGCUCUGCGAUACAGCGGAUGCUCAGAAGAUCAUCCGCGCGCCUCCGGAUGUUUGGCAUGCAUUGGCUGGUGACUGGACAGGCAGAGGAUGCCGUAGCUCUCCUACGCGGACCAUUCAUGGAGGAUCUGCAGAUCGUGCUCUAUGAGAGCUACUUCGAAGGUCUCAUAGAAGAAUGGGAAGCAAGGUUUGACCCCAAGCCUUUUAUUCCGAGCCAUGUCUCGUUCUACACAACAAAUGCGUUGCAGGCAGAGGAAUUGUAUGGAAUGAUGCCUCGGUAAUGUAGUAGAUAAUCGAAACCCGGACUUAAAUACUGAAUCUACUGAAGCUGUCGAAUACGAUCGUACUGUGCCAUCCAAUCAGUUCGAGUCAUCACAUUUCAAC